AUGCCGAUUCCUGACAGCGUAGUUCUUCGAAGACAAAUUGGAUUUAUCAAAAGACAGCUGCAACGAUACUGUUCAGCAAUUGUCGAUAUCCUCAAGGAAUACCGAAUCGAGCCAUCUGAACCUGUUCUCAGCCAUUUAAACAAUGAAGAUUUGGAAUCCUUCCGUUUCGAACUUGCAUCCACGAAAGCAAACUUGUUAAAAGCCUACAAUAAAACUGUUAAACUCCACGAUGACUGGACAAAACUUCGAGAUUCCAACCCACUUGAACAAAAGGUCUUUGAAGAUUACGUCGCGAAGUAUGGAGACUAUCGUGCAGAUAUUACUCUUGCUGUCAACAACCUCGAACAGCUUGAUGCUAUCUUGAAUAUUCUCGACGCAGAGUACGUAAAACGAGAACUUCAUCCGCCUUCCGAAUCUGAUAGUACACUUGUGGACGACGACGAUAGUUAUAGUCAAACCCUCAGACAUCAAAGACGACGUUUUACUCAAACAACGGCUUCUGUACUAGAUCCAUCUCUUCUCAAUUUUGUGGAUGCUUCAAUUCUUACAAAAUUGGACCUGCCAACCUUCGAUGGAAAUCUUUUAGACUAUCCCGAAUUCAGCGCUCGAUUUGCAACACUCGUCGCCAACAAAAUUCAACUCGACGAUACUACAAAAUUCUCACUUUUAAAGUCAUGUUUGCGCGGUAAAGCAUUACAAUUUAUCGAAGGACUCUCUAUGACUGCCGAAAAUUAUGGGAUAGCCAUGGAUAUCUUGAAGACGCUUUAUGACGAUCAAGUGACCGUAAGGCAUAUCCUUUUCACCAAACUAGCUCAACUCCCUUCCUGUGAUCCCGAAGGACGCCACUUGCCUACAUUAUAUAAUCAAAUGUUUUCUCUUGUUCGACAAUUCUCGAACAAUCACAACGACUCCAACGAGACUGCGCUCGGAGCUAUUCUCCUGAAUAAGCUCCCACUUAGGGUAAGAAGUCUAGUGUAUGACCGUACCUCAAACGAUCAUAACGUCUCACCCUCCGAGUUAUUACAUCUACUUACAGACAUUGUAAGGAAAGAUUCUACGCUGUUUGAAAUGGAGUAUCAUGCUCGCCCUUCCGUUAACACAAGAACAUCUUCUCAUAGCUUCCAUGUCGCAUGCAACCGAACCUCUCGGCCGAGCCAACCUCGAGAAUUCAAGAAACGCCGUAAGUGUUCUUAUUGCAACUCAGUAAUUCAUCUCACCAUAGAGUGUGAUGUAUUUUCUACUCCAAAACAACGUAUAGAACAAGUAAAACUACGCAAAUUGUGCUUCAAUUGCCUGUCGAGCUCUCAUGCCACAAGGGAAUGUCCAUCCAAGCUUUGCUGCACUUUCUGCUCCAAAAGGCAUCAUUCGUCCAUAUGCUUCCAUUCGAAUUUUUCAAGAAAACCGCCUGCAAACCCACAAGUUGCAAAUUCCGGCAACUCUAUGGCUCCAACUCGUUCCCAACGUUCAAUGAAAUCAUCACAAAGAUUGCAAAAUCACGCUGUACAUGUUGAAGAAAGUACGAAGGAAGCAUCUGUCCUCCCGAAUACCGAAAAGCCCUUAGUUGCCACUCAAACGGACGUUUCUACAAAUCAGGAGCCCGUCAUUUGCUCGACAGAACAUGCUAUCACUUCUUCUCAAGCCGCGCUCAUGUGCGCAACUGUCACUCUGUUCAACCCAAAUGAACCCUUUUGUCGUACUACAGUAACAGCGUUCUUGGACAGUGGGUCAAGUAAAUCGUAUAUUACUGAGGAGCUUGCUUCUUCCCUCCAAUUAGCUACGACAGGGACUGAGAAUAUAACCCUUUCGACUUUUGGAACGUCUAAGUCGUUGGAACUCCCUUGCCGGAAUCAUACAAUCGGUCUUUGCACCGAAACGGGAUCGAAGCAACUUCAAGUAAAGUCCUUACCGAUGCUGACAGGAAACCUGCAACGUGUAGUCCUUCCACAAAAUGAAGAAGUGAAUGACGUAAUCAUCACUAAUUGUAAGCCAUCUAUACUUAUAGGUAAUGACUACUUCUGGGACAUCAUUCUCUCAGAAGAAUUUCAUUUCAAGGCAAUUUCGAAGGAUUACCGAAUUCUGCACACAACGAUUGGAAAUAUCAUCGUUGGCCGUGCUUUCAAGACUAAGAAACAUAAAGCUUGUGCUGCUGUGCAGGCUCCUGCCUGUGACAGCGACUCAUCAAAUCCUUCUAGGCAUGAAGAACUAGUCGAACUAGUAAACAAUUUCUGGAAACUCGAAACGGUCGGAAUAAUGGAUAAUCCCGAUCAAAAGGAAGAUGAAGAAUGUCUCAGAUACUUCAAUAACACGGUGCAUUAUGAUGAGACACAGAAAAGGUACAUUGUCAAGUUGCCUUUCAAAAUGAAUCCAACCCAAUUGCCCAACAACUUUUCACUCGCCUUCUCUCGCUUGUGCGCUCAACACCAAUCCUUGCAAGAGAAUGAGUCAUAUCUACGACAGUAUCAUGCAAUAUUUGAGGACCAGCUACAAAGGAAGGUUAUUGAGAGAGUACCCACAAAUACCCCGUGCAAUCUAUGCCACUAUCUGUCGCAUCACGGAGUUGUCAAACAAGAUGGCGGAAAUGUAAAAAUUAGAUGCGUAUUUGAUGGAUCUGCCAAACUCAAAGGGCAUCUGAGUCUCAAUGACAUAUUACAUCGCGGACUCGUACUCCUACCCGAUCUGACCGGUAUACUCCUUCGUUCUCGGCUUCACAAAAUCUUAAUCUCAAGCGACAUAGAAAAGGCCUUCCUUAUGGUCGGUCUCAACGAAGAUUGUCGCGACUUUACUCGUUUUCUAUGGCUGAAGGAUCCCUUGAGGCCCUCACAACUUCCCAAAAUGUCCGAAGAACAUCAGAAGUGGAAAACAAUGUUGAUAGACGUGACUCGUUUCAGCACUUGGACCAAGUUGAUCACCACUUUCAAAAUUGUCCUGAAGUUCCUAACUUUCAAGUUCCCACAAACCAACUCGCUUUUUGGCUCUACUGAUGUCGCGCUUCUCCAAAAAGCUGAGACCAUCUUAUUCCGUUCUGCUCAAUUAGUGUCACCUCCCAACGACGAACAUAAGAAGCAUCUCAAUCUAUUUCUGUGUACCCGAACCUCGCUAUGGAAAAGUCAUGGUCGCAUAGAGUACGCCGAUUUACCACUGUAG